UUCUGACCUUGACCUUUUACUUGGAAAAACAAAAAUCACACCUGUCAGUGCAUAAUUUGUUGUUAUCUUGUUAAUUUCCUCGCAAAACGGGAUGCGUUUUCAUGCUUUUGUACUGCAAGAACCGUAUUUAAGUAAUUUACCAUGAAAGUGGUAUCAGUAGUUGAUGUCACUACCCCAGGGGUAACUGCCCCCGGGGUAACACCGGAUCCUAAGAAUGUGAAUCCAAUAACUUUGCUGACCAAUAGGAAAAAUGCAUUGGAGCAAAUUGACAAGGCUUGCAAAAGUAUUGAAGCUACAUUAGAAAAUAUUCAGUUCCAAAAGCUGGAUUUUGGUGAGACCCAGAUUCUGGACACAUUCUACAAUGCAGAUGUUGUAAUAGUGGAUAUGACCAUAGCAACACAACAGUCAUCUUUAUUUUACCAUGUUGGAGUGAGACAGAGCAUGGGAAUGAAAUAUAACGUUGUUAUAGCAAAUGAUACUGAUCCAGAGUUAACUGUUUCUCUCAGGCUGUCUUGUGGGCCAGGUGUUGUGUUUUUCCCCUACACAAAAGAUGCCAGUGGUGUGAUAAUAGUGCAGGACGGCACAGUGGCGUAUACUGAUGUUUGUGUACACCCAGAAACUGGACCGUCAUUGUUAAAUAAACUGAAGAAAUUUCUCAGUGAUGUAGAUGAUGAGAGUGUGACUCACUUAAAAGAAAGAUUUUUGGCUGAUCUUAGAAAGGCUCGGGACAAUUACAAGGGAGAAGAUCUAGUCAAGGCUUUACAUGGAAUGAAACGUAGACUGGAUGACCCUCAACUCCUGUCUGUGGAUGUGGUAGUCAAUCUGCUUAUCUCAUUUAGAGAAAUACAGGACUAUAACUCUAUGGUAAAGCUGGUUGAAGACUUGGAUACGAUACCAAACUUGAAGAUAUCAUGUACUGUAGCUGUACAAAAUCUGUAUGCCUUUGCACUCAACAGGAGAAAUAAAAAUGGGGACAGAACGAAGGCUCUCAGUGUUAUCUUGAAGGUGAUAGAGACUACAGAGAACCCGGUACCAGAUCUGCUGUGUUUGGCUGGGAGGAUUUAUAAAGACAAGUUUGUAGAAGCGGACUAUGAGGAUAAAUCGGCUCUGGAAAAUGCUAUUGUUUGGUAUAGGAAAGGCUUUGAGAUACAGCCUAAUGAGUAUGCUGGUAUCAACCUUGCCACAUUGCUUGUCAUCUCGGGGAAAGAGUUCUCCACUUGCAGUGAACUGAAGAGAAUAGGUUUGAAGUUGAACAAUUUGAUAGGAAAGAAGGGUAGUUUACAGACAUUGACAGAUUACUGGGAUGUAGCCACCUUCUUCGAGAUCUCCGUGCUAGCACAGGAUUAUGGGAAGGCUGUACAGGCAGCUGAAUGCAUGUUUAAAUUGGAACCACCAUACUGGUAUCUGAAGUCAACACUGGGAAAUAUUCAGCUGAUCAACAAGUUCCGUAAACCAAGCACUCACACCAAUCAGGAAACACAGCUGUUUAAUUUCUGGAUGGAGUUCUUUAUGGAGGCAACCAAGUCGGAGGUGUCACCACUGUGGUACCCAGUACUGAUAUUGGAACCAAACAAGGUAUUUGUACCAAGCUACCUUCAGGUGAACAUGGAUGAAGAUAAUAAGUCUGUUCACAUCUACAAUGUGUGUAGAUCUGAAAAGUUACAGCAUGAGUGGGUGUUUCCUGUACCAGCUAUAAAAGGAGUCAGUCUGUAUAAAAGAGAUGUUCGAGCAGUGUUUCUGUAUGUGGUGGAUAACUCGGAUGAUUUUCACAUAUUCUUCUCAUCAGAAAUGCAGAGACAGUUAUUUUAUGAUGAUAUGUGUAAACUUAUAAAGGAACACCAGCGAGGGUUUGAGGCUGAGCUGGAAGAGAGGGACAAUAUUGAGUUGUUGAAAACUUUGCAAUCUGAUUUCUUGAUUUUGCCUACCAUUUAUGAGUAUGAAACAGAUGAAAAAGGUAACCGUGUUGUACUUGGACGUGGAUCAUAUGGGGUUGUCUAUGCAGCAAGGGAUAAUCGUACCCAGGUCAAGGUCGCUGUGAAAGAAGUGCCAGAGAAAUUCCAUGAAGAAGUUCAGCCUCUUCAUGAGGAGAUCAAGCUUCACUCGAGACUGAGCAACAAGAACAUUGUGAAAUAUCUCGGUUCUUUAAGUGAAGAUGGUUUCUUUAAAAUUUUCAUGGAACAGGUCCCUGGAGGGAGUUUGUCACAGCUCCUGUCAUCAAAGUGGGGACCACUGAAGGAUAAUGAACCUACUAUAGCCUUCUACACCAAACAGAUCCUGGAUGGUCUCAAAUAUCUGCAUGAUAAUAGAAUAGUACAUCGAGACAUCAAGGGAGAUAAUGUGUUGGUAAACACUUACAGUGGAAUAUUGAAGAUCUCAGACUUUGGCACCUCGAAGAGAUUGGCUGGAAUUAACCCUUGUGCUGAAACAUUUGCAGGCACAAUGCAGUAUAUGGCACCAGAGGUUAUUGAUCGUGGAAUGAGAGGUUAUGGACCUCCAGCUGACAUCUGGUCAUUAGGUUGUACAGUGAUAGAGAUGGCUACAGGAAAACCGCCUUUCAUAGAGCUUGGCAGUGCAGAGGCAGCCAUGUUUAAAGUGGGAUUCUACAAAAUGCAUCCAGAAAUUCCAGAUUCCUUGUCCGAUAUAGCUAAAGACUUCUUGCUCAAAUGUUUUGCCCCGGAACCUGAGAAGAGAUUUACAGCACAACAGUUGUUAGAACAUCCUUUUAUAAAAGAGACUCUUGCACCAAAAAAGAAAAGGAAGAAAAUGACAGAGGUAGAAUACUUGAGAAGUACAUCAGUUCCAGCAAGCAGUAUUGCUAGUAGGAGGACAGACAUGACCAUGAAAUUGAAGCUUCCGCAAAAGUCAGGCCCGGCUUCGGUGGUGGCUAGAAAUACCAUUGGAUUCUCUGGAAGUAUGGAGAACAUUCUGGAUGACAUUGACACUGUUCAGGAAGAGCGCACUGGACAAAAAGGUCACAAUAGGUCACAAAGUGUGCACACUUUUGGUGGGCUUGAUUACGAUACCAGGCCAAAGUCUUUCCGAAAGCGAGCAGAGUCUGACGGUACCCUAGUACAUGCAGAGCGAGUGCUAUACAAGGGGGCUACAGAGAGUUUUCAGGAAACAGCAAAAAGAAGAGCAUCAUCACCAUAUUUGUCUGUGGACUAUGGAAGCCGGUCACCGUCGCCCACCUUGACAUCGCCCGGGCCGCAGUCACCCACUCUUGGUUUUAGUAUUUCUAUGAAUGAAGUUAUACAAGAUUCUGAUGGAACACACAGCGGAACGGGGUCACAUGACAGCCAAUCUAGGGAAGGAUUUUAUAUGUUACGGAAAGACUCAGAGAGGAGAACAACACUGGUACUUAUGCUGUCGAAAGAGAGCGAUUUUCAACGGGUGGUGGAGACAUGGAUGGAGUUGAUACACAGAGAUGCAACAAUAUCUCAUCCAAAACUUGGCAAAGAACAUCUCAGUGUAUUGCUGAAGGCAUUGACAGAGUAUAUCAGAGAUCAGAACAGUUUGGUUAUCAAAGAUGCGCUAGAUGAGGUGAAAAUGAAAUUAGAAUAUGAUCACACAGCCUUGAUGGAGCUUCAGUUAGCCCUAUAUGUCUUCCAGGAGGCUGUGAGUAUCAACAUGAGAUUGAGAGAUAUUCAGCCUCACUGGAUGUUUGCACUAGACAAUCUUCUGAGAAACGCAACCCAGGCAGCAAUUACAGUGUUGUCCCCAGAGUUGGGAGCUAAUUUAGCAGGAGAUGCUGACGAUAGGGACAUGGGGACAUCUGGGGUCCCCUCAACAACUUCUGGCAAGUCAGCAACAGGGGUGUAUAGAAAAUCUGUGAACAUGGAGAUUAGAAACCAGUUAGAGUCAUCCGAGGAUGAGAAUUUAACGUUGUUACAACAGUUGUUAGAGGUACAGAGAGCCUACAAUGAACUCUUGAAGAAAUCCAUUACUGAGAAGAAGUUACAGAUGGAAGUAUUACAGCAAGCAUUAAGUGGUCAGGGUAUAAUUGGAGCAUCAAGUUCGGGAUCAACUCCAGUAACUCCGGCUGUAGUGAUCAAUGAACCACCAGAUGAGCAGCUCAUUCAGUGGUUACGACAAUGUAGAAUAGAUUCCGGCUCAAUAGAUCAGAUACUCAAUGAGCAGUACACAUUAGAUGACUUGUUGGAAUAUGUUACAUUAGAACAGUUACAAAGACUCAAUAUAAAAGGAGGUAUUGUUUGUAGAAUAUGGAGAGCUAUACAGGCACAUCGUGCUAAACAUAAGAAAGUUAAAAGGUAGCAGUGACUGUCAGCAAUAUGUUCGUCUGUCUGUCUGUCAGGGUCAUUUAUCCAUCCCAGCAACUGCCAGCUCUGUGUAUUGUGUGUUGUGUAUUGUUUCAAAAAUGGAUUCACCGGUGAACAGAGCUAUAGACCACCCUAUAGCUUCCACGUCAGAAUUGUGGGAUUUAGUGGCAUACCAUAUUGGCUUAUCUGUAAGCUGUACAUACAAACUGUAAUUAACAUUGUGUUAGACUUGUGUAGAAUACCGGUAAUAGAGUAGGGGUAUGAUAUACCAACACCCGCCUUGAAAUUAUUGUUUGAAGUAAUCCAAACUGUAAAUUAUAUAUUUAUACAACAGUUCUGUACUUUAUUUAAGCUUGUGCCAUAAGGGAAGUUGGAUUAUACAGUGUGUUUAGCUAUAAACUGGUAUAGUGUGCUGAAAAUAUCUCUUGAUUUAAAACUACAUGGCAUCUGAGAUUAAUUGAACUACAACAGAUGUUUCUGCGUGCACAGUAUAGCUGGGUUGAGAAAUAGAGCCAUUAACAAGAAAAAUGUUCCUGAUUGCUUUUAUGAUUUGAAUAAAUGGAGUAAUCCAUUGUGAGGGUUGGAUAUAACACUUGUCUGGCAGAAACGUUCCACUUGGAUUUUGGAAGUCCUAUUCAAAUACUUCUUAACCAGAGGCUGUGAAUAUAAAUAUGUAUUUGCCUGAUCCUUUACGACAAAAGAUACGAAAAUUAUGAAAUAUCAUCCAGAGGAGAAUUACAUAACUGUUACAGUUGUAAUUACAUGUACAUUAAAAUGUUUGUGAAGAAGGUUUAGAAAUUAAAUGGAGAAAAGGAAAUAUAUAAUGGGAAUGGUUCUGUCUCAAAUAAAAUGAAAGUGUUUACAAAAUAAAUCCAAUUUCAAGAAUUAACUGACUUUAAUGUGAAGCUCAUAAUAAAGCAACAUUUUUGUUUUAUCAUGCAAUUUAUCAUUCUGUGUUUUGAGUUUUGAACAUGGUCAUGCUUAAAAUUCUGAUUCAUGUACUGGCAAUACCUUUGUCAUGAGUAUUUUGGCACACCUGAUCAGGAUGAUGAGGAGUCGUAAAAAUGUAGCAGGUUUUGAUUUACCUGCUUAAACGGUCAGUGCAGUUAAAACAAUCUUUAAAGUACAUUGCUAACAGAUUAGUGACAUAAUUUUUGUAACUUCUUCAGUUUUAUUAAGAACAUAUUUUUUGUUUAUUUUAGUUUAGACUUUUUCAGAGGUAACAGGUAAUGUCUUUUAUUAUUAUUAUUUUUUUUUUUUUUUUUUUGGUAUUUUAAUGUCUGUGUAACUUUGUUCUGUAAUGUGUUUGUUUUAAAGCUGGUUUAAAUUAUGUGCAAUAGUAUAAUGAUUGAAGUUUUGAUUUUAUCCGUUGCAGUUUAUUUGAAUAUUUUCAUGUUUUACAAUCAGUAUUGCACUGUGAAUAGUGCAAACAUUUGCAUAGUUUGUACAUUUAUUUCUACCAUUUUACCAGUUUUGGUAAUAUACAUUUCUACCAUUUUACCUUUCAAAAAUGCACAUUUCUACCAUUUUACCUUUCAAAAAAUGCACAUUUCUACCAUUUUAAAAGCUGUAGUAAUUUACAUUUUUACCAUAUUACCAGUUCUGGUAAUAUACGAUGUCAUUUCAGCCAUUUUACCAGAAUUUUUUUACCAUUUUACCAGUUCUGAUAAUAAACAUUUCUACCAUUUUACCAUUUCUGAAACGUUUUACAACUUACGGUUAUAUACACGCGUGACAUUUUACCCGUUUUGGUUAUAUCCAUUUCAACCAUUUUACCUUUUCUGAAAAUACAUAUGUGUACUAUUUUACCAGUUUGGUAGUAUAUAUUUCUACCAUUUAAUCUUUUCUGGAAAUAAUAUUUCUAUACGGAUUUGAUGGUUAGCUGGAGUUGUAGCCCUUUGAAUUUUACGUUUCUUUCAGCUGUACUACACCAGUUAUGUAUACAUGUAUGUCUGAAAAGGUUUUAAAAGCAAAUUAGGGUAAUUUUUAUUACUGCAGCAAUUUAAUAAAUUAGGGCAACAGUACAUAUAAAAAGAUGAAGUACACUAGUGCCUGAUUUUCUGAUAAUCCAGCCAGCUAAAAGGGUACAUAACACACAUUUAUAAUGACAUACAUAUUUAUCAGUUUUACAAAUUGUUCUAUUUGGAACCUAUACUAGAAAAAAAAGGGUAUGAAAGAAAACUUUACCUUUGGUAAAAAUUGUCUUCUUGAUAAACCACUGUCACCAUCAUCAGGAAUGUAACUGGUAUGUCAGUCAUGUUUAUGGAAUUUUUGCCCACAAAUUUUUUUCAUGUUUUUUAAUUGGUCAAUCCUGAGUAGCAGCCCCUGAUCUCAAAAUCAUAUUUCCUUGUUUAUGUCAUGUUUAGAUAUUUUAAUCCUGUACUUCAGAAGUAUAGGUGUUUCUGUUUUCAUUGAAUUUUGCAGUACAGCUGGAAUAGAUUUGUUCAUAGUUUUGUACGUACAAAGUUUUUAACUUGCCAUUUGUAAAUGUGUUUUAAUUUAUCAUUAUUGAAGUGCUAGAAUUAUGGUGUAUGGCAUAAUGUACCAUUAACUAUGAUAACAAGCAGUGGUCAGUGAUUUUGAUUUAUUUUCUUUGGCCAGAAAGCCACACUGGUAUACUGUCUGUAUCAGCACUCCGGAAAUUUUGAAAAGAAUCUGUCCAAAACAAAAUCACGACAUUGGCACUACCCCACCCACCCUGAUAUACCUAUGUACUAUAUGUAAAAUAUGAUAAAGUAAAGAAAUUAGUAUGUCAUGCAUUAAAAAUUAUUUACCAGUCACCACGAGUUACCACACAAUGAAAGACUGUAUGACUCGAUUGAAGGAUUUGUAGAGAGAUAUCUGUUUAAUGCCCUUUAAAUUGUUACGGCUUAAAGUGAGUGCAUAAUCAGUUUUUAUUCAUUAGCAAAAAUUAGGUUUUAUCAUUCUAUUUUUGUUAUUGCUAUGUCUACAAAAGCUUUACUCAAUUUUUAUCUGCAUUAUAAAUACUAUGGAAAUUUUGCUCACAGUCUUCUAUCUUUUCUCAUUUACUCUAUUUUUAUAUCCAUUUAAAUAUAAUAUUAGCUGCAGUACUAUAAUGUUGUUUUUUUUUGGUAAAUAUGGAAAUUUUGCAUAUAGCAGAAAUGAAAACCUUGAAACUUUACCCAGAUUCAACUUUAGGAUGCUUUAUUUUUUUUAUUUUUUUAUUUAACGUCUCGCCGACACAUGAUAGGUCAUAUGGCGACUUUCCAGCUUUAAUGGUGGAGGAAGACCCCAGGUGCCCCUCCGUGCAUUAUUUCAUCACGAGCGGGCACCUGGGUAGAACCACCGACCUUCCAUAAGCCAGCUGGAUGGCUUCCUCAUAUGAAGAAUUCAACGCCACGAGUGAGGCUCGAGCCCACAUCGAUGAGGGGCAAGUGAUUUGAAGUCAGCGACCUUAACCACUCGGCCACAGAGGCCCCUAGGAUGCUUUGUAAUUAUGCAGGUUAUUGGUUCUCAAAGUUUAAUAUGACCACAGUACAAUUCACUGUAAAUUACAUGUGUGGGAUAAGUGUGAUUUGUCUUAAAGUAAAGUGAGGUUUGUAGUGUAGAAAUGACAGUUCGUUAACCCAGUUUUCUACCUUUUUCUUGUAAAACAUAAAUAUGUUGAAUAUAGAAUUCAGAAUAGUUUGCCAGUACUAAAUUUUAAAGGUUGUAAAGUUUACCUCAGAUGAACUGCUUGUUUUACUUCAGUGGUUAAAAUAGCAGACACUGCUUUCUUGUUAGGGUCUGAAUGUAAUGUUACACAACUGCCUUAUACAGUUUAUCGUCACUACGACUGCUUUGUCAUCUAGGACUGAAUGUCUCUGUUAUAUGCAGUUGUUUUGUACAGUUUAUUGUUGACACAACUGCUUUGUCGUCAAAGACUGAAUGUAACACUACUGUGUUAUGCUGUUUAUUGUUACACAACUGCUUCAACGUCAAGGACCGAGUGUCACUGUAACACAACUGCGUUGUACUGUUUAUUGUUACACAACUGCUUUGUACCAAGGACUGAAUGUCACUGUAACACAGUUGCGUUGUACUGUUUAUUGUUGACACAACUGCUUUGUCAUCAUAGACUGAAUGUAACACAACUGUGAUGUGCUGUUUAUUGUUGCACAACUGCUUCGGUGUCAAGAACUGAGUGUUACUGUAACACAACUGCUUUUUCGUCAAAGACUGAAUGUAACACAACUGUGAUGUGCUGUUUAUUGUUGAAAAAACUGCUUUGUCGUCAGUGACUGAGUGUCACUAUAACACAACUGCGUUGUACUGUUUAUUGUUACGCAACUGCUUUGGCAUCAAGGACAAUGUCACCGUUAUAUAACUGCUUUGUACUGUUUGUUGUUGAUACAAAUUAUUUUCAGUGAAGGACUGAAUGAAACUGUAACUGCCUUGUACUGUUUAUUGUUACUACAACUGCUUUGUACUCUUGUUGGAAUUCUCUGUGAUUGUUUAGAAUUUUUAUUGAAACAUAUUAAAGGUAUCUUUUAAUGUUUAGUGAUUAUUCAUUGAUCUUUUUUACUCGACAUUGUUUUUUCAACAGAAAUUUUAUAAAACUUUAUGCUUUUAUAUGUUUUAUUGUCACCAAAUUCCAGAUAAUAAGGGUAUAGUAAUGUCUAUGGAAUGAAAUAUUUAGUAGAAUGGUGCCUUUCAAUGAUAAUGGCCCAGACAAGCCCGAAGGCUGAUAUCAACUUCCAGGGCUGUUCUCACUCAAAGGCACCACUGUCUCAUUUAAUUAUGCCCCCCUUCGAAGAAGGAGGGGUAUAUUGUUUUGCAGAUGCCGGUCGGUAGGUCGGUCGUCUGUCUGUCGGUCGGUCGGAAUGUAGACCAAUCCGUUUCCGGAUGAUAACUCAAGAACUCUUGGGCCUAGGAUCAUGAAAGUUGAUAGGGAGGUUGAUCAUCACCAGCAGAUGACCCCUAUUGAUUUUGAGGUCUGUAUGUCAAAGUUCAAGGUCACAGUGACCUUGAAUAGUAAAACGGUUUCCGAAUGAUAACUCAAGAACCCUUGGGCCUAGGAUCAUGAAAGUUGAUAGGGAGGUUGGUCAUGACCAGCAGAUGACCUGUAUUGAUUUUGAGGUCAGUAUGUUAAAGGUCAAGGUCACAGUGACCCUGAACAGUUAAACGGUUUCCGGAUGAUAACCCAAGAACACUUAGGCCUAGGGUCACAAAAGUUGAUAGGGAGAUUGGUCAUGACCAGCAGAUGACCCCUAUUGAUUUUGAGGUCAGUAUGUCAAAGGUCAAGGUCACAGUGACCAGGAACAGUAAAAUGGUUUCCGGGCAGUAACUCAAGAACACUUGGGCCUAGUGUCAGGAAAAUUGAUAGUUAGUUGGCCAUGACCAGCAGAUGACCCCUAUUGAUUUUGAGGUCAUUAGGUCAAAGGUCAAGGUCACAUUGGCCAGGAACAGUUAAACAGUUUCUGAUCUUCUUGUCCAAAACCAUAGGGCCUAGGGCUUUGAUAUUUGGUAUGAAGCACAAUCUAGUGAUCCUCUAGCAAGAUUAUUUCCCUGGGGUCAAAUGGUUUAUAUAGACUUAUAUAGGAAAAAACUUUGAAAAACCUCUUGUCCAAAACCACAGGGCCUAGGGCUUUGAUAUUUUGUAUAUGAAAUCAUCUAGUGGUCAUCUACUAAGAUUGUUCAAAUUAUUCCCCUAGGGUCAAAUAUGGCUCCGCCCUGGGGGUCACAUGGUUUACAUAGACUUAUAUAGGGAGAAACUUUGAAAAUCUUCUUGUCGAAACCACAAAGACUAUGGCUUUGAUAUUUUGUAAUGUAGCAUCGUCUAGUGGUUCUCUACCAAGUUUGUUCAAAUUAUCCCUCUAGGGUCAAAUAUGGCCCCGCCCCAGGGGUCACAUGGUUCAUAUAGACUUAUAUAGGGAAAAACUUAGAAUCUUCAUGUCCAUAACCAGGGUUCAAACAGCCAGACUGACAAAAAAUUCAAGGGGUUUUCAAGCAGUUUUCAAGGACUUUUAUUACGUUUUCAAGGAUAAGCAAAAAAUUGAACAAGCACUUAUUACACACGAAAUGACUUACUUACAAUUGGUGAACACUUCGUACAUCCAAAAUUACUAUCACGUGAUAUAAGUUUUUCUAUAAAGUUCCAAUUUGCAAUUGAUCAACACUUUAUCACACACAAAAUAACUGGCAAACAAUUGAUCAACUCUUCUUACAUCAACAGCGACUUAUCAUGUCAUAUAAGAUAAGUUUUAGGUGCCUCUGGCUGCUGGGGGCGAAGGUGAAAUAGUAAACACAUCAAGAGUGUCCGUGGGUGACUCUCGAUCAGGUACAUUUUUCUUGUGCUUCUCAGACUUGACGUGCGAUUUCAGCGCCGAUUCACCCAUUGAACUAAUGUCAAUAACUUUGUUACAAUAUUUGCACAUGGCUUUCCAUUUGUUUUCGAGCUCGAGCAGCCAUGGAUAGGAUACAAGCCACUUUUUGUUGAAAAUACACGACAUUUUCUUCGAUAUCGGUAACGGAAAUGGUGUCCGUCUUUUUACACAUCGUAAUUUUCCUAGUCCCGGUCUGUUUAAAACCCGUAUCGUACGGUACACAUAGGUUAUGUAGACAUAAAACAUGGCGAUGCGUACAUAUAACAAAGCGUCUUUUACGAUCCUUUUUUAUUAAGCUGACCAAAAUUUCUGAAGAAGGAAAUUCAAGGACUUUUAUCAUAAAAUCAAGCAGUUUUCAAGGCAAGAAACGAAUUCAAGGAGUUUUAAGGAGGUUUUUGCAAAUUCAAGCACUUUUCAUCUAGCAGCUUGAAAUUCAAGGAGUUUUCAAGUCUGUGCGAACCCUGAUAACUUACAUUAUUCAAAUUUGGACCACAUGUAUAGUUUUGAGUGGCAAGAUGAACCUUGACAUGAGUUGACCUUGAUCUUGACUUAGUGACCUACUUUCACAUUUCUGUAGCUACAGCCUUCAAAUUUGGACCACAUGCAUAGGUUUGUGUAGCGAAAAAAACUUUGACCUUGUUAUUGACCUAGUGACCUACUUUCACAUUUCUGAAGGUACAAGCUUCAAAUUUGGACCACUUGCAUAGUUUUGUGUUCCGAAAUAAAAUUUGACCUUGAUUUUGACCUAGUGACCUACUUUCACAUUUCUCAAGCUACAGCCUUCAAAUAUGGACCACAUGCAUAGUUUUGUGUACUGAAAUGAACUUUGAUCUUGAGAUUGAACCUACUUUCACAUUUCUGAAGCCACAGGCUCCAAAUUUGGACUGCAUGCUUAUUUAUUGUGUUCUGAAUUGAAAUUUGACAUUGAUUUUUACCUAUUACCUUCUUUCACAUUUCUCAAGCUACAGCCUCCAGAUUUGAAGCACAUGCAUAGUUCUGUCUACCGAAAUAAACUUUGACAUUGAAAUUGAUCUAGUGACCUACUUUCACAUUUCUCAAGCCACAGCUUUCAAAUUUGGACCACAUACACUUUAUUUUGUACCGAAGUGAAAUUUGACCUUGAUUUUGACCUUGAGCUAGUCUUGAAAUUUGGAACAUUCAAAAAUGGCUCAGUGGAUGGCGCCAAGAUCUCUCUGUAAUCUCUUGUUAGGUUAAAGGCCAAGGUCAGAUUAAACCAGAAUGGUAGAACUUUUGUUUACAGUGAGCAUAUAAUUUCUGUUCCAGGGUUCAUACAGACAAGGCCAAGUCAAAUUCAAGGACUUUUCAAGCACUAGUCAUAGUUUUCAAGGACUUUAUAAAUAAUACUUACACAGAUUUGUAACGAAUUGAUGCCAUUUUAGUCAGGGGAGACAACGCUAACAGAAAGUACGAAACAUUCGUACCCAAACUUCGCUUUCGUCCCGAACACAUUCGACCUUUUUUAUUACGGCGUUUUCGUAGCUCUGCCCAUUGCUCGAAACGUGCCGAUUUUAUUCUAAAAGAUUUACUUUUGAUUUUCAGGGAGAUUUUAAUUGUCUAGCAUACGAGAAAAUAAGUAAUUCAAGUACUUUUCAAGGUCUUUGGGCAAUUUCCAAGCACUUUUCAAGACAAAUUUUGUUUUCAAGACUGCCCUUCAUUUUCAAGUACUUUUCAAGCCUGUGCGAACCCUGUGUUCCUUGUGCAAUUACUGAAUGCAUCAAGGGGGGCAUUUCGUGUUCGACGAGCUCUUGUUACCUAUUUAUAACAUGUUUACCUCUGACAUAGCAAACCAAUGUUUGUAGAAUUUUGUUGUAAUUGGGACUAACAAGAGCAAGGAUUUAUUAGUACAAUUAUUUUCAGCCAUGUUUCAAGCAUUAUUUUUCAAAACUUUACUUAAAACUGGAUGCAAAUCAAAUACUUUUAUCCUUGUUCAUAGAGUAUCUCUUGAUGAAAAAGUUAUUUCACUGAGAGAAAACGACGUAAAUUUACACUACAGAUAAUAAAACUUUAUAAAAUAUCAACACAAAGAAACCUUUACGGUAUUAGUUACCCAUUUUAAUCAGAAUGAAUUGGAAAUUAAGAUUUUUUUCUGUUAAAUAGUAUUAAGUAAAUUAAGUUCAGAAUAACAUUAAAAGUGACAGUAUGUUUUGGUGAAAAUUAAAAAAAAAAGAUUAUAUAUUUUUCUUAUGGUGAUAAUCCUUUUAUCAUUCCAUCAAUAUAUCUUGUUGUACUCUUUCAUUUAGAUGAUUUUUUAUUAGUUAGAAUGUGGUUUAGACCAAAAUAACAAUUGGAUGGACACACAAAUUAAUGGAUUUCAAAUUUUAAAAUAUGUAAGGUAUUUCAUUUCAUUUGUUUGCUAGAAUUUCAUUUUUUGUGUUGACACAAAUCAGUAAAAACAAGUCCCCUUGUAAGAAUAAUCAUGUCAGAAGACAACACAAAUAUAGUUCCUAAACCUUGUUGUUAUAAACUUUUGGUAGUUAAUAUUACUUGUGCCUUCUAAACAUUUGCCCUAACAUUGUUGAAAAAAAUCUUCCCUGUCAUUCCAGAUCAGUGUUCAGACACAUUUGGUUCACCCAUAUAAUAUAGAUUACAUGAAGAAAGGGUUUGCUUAAAAAGCCAUAAUUCUUAGAAAUACAGACUUGAUAUCUAUUUUUAACAUAAAAAUGUGUCUUGGGCUCCAAACUUUUGGGCAUUACUGAACACACAUACUAACUAGGAAGGAUUAUGGUAAUCCACUUAGAAGAGCACUAAGCUUUUUUUCUCUUCACUCCAGUCCAUCUCAUUUUAUGUACUAACUGUUGCAACUGCUAAGAACACUAAACUUAUCGAGACUGUCAUAUCUGAACAAGUCGGAAAUCACAGUUUGUGUGUAUCUUAUGGACUAGAUCAUAUUUUUUAUCAGGACACAGUGUUUAACCUGUGCACCAAUGUAUGUUACUCAUGUUUCUGUUGUUAAGUGAUGUUUGGAGUUUUAUUUAUUUCACCCACGGUUGAUUUAUAUUCAUGAUCAUUUUAUUAUGCAUCUUUUUUUUUUUUUUUAAAUCAGAAUGUCUGUUGAUUUAUUUGAGGUAAUAUUUUUAAGUGAUUAUGAUUUAUUAAAUGAUCUAAAUGAGAUGUCUGAAAAAAUAAAAUCUAUUUCCUA